AAGGUCUAUGAUUCUGUAAAAUUACUCUAAAUUCUUUAUGAAAGUCACAGGGUUAGUCCUGCAGCCCCUAGCUGAACGUACAGGAGAACAGCCACCUACGGGUACAAUAUGAGCUCCUUCACGUAUAUUUUUUCCAUUUUAACAUUGCCUGAAAAACUGUUUCCUGUGUUGUACUGCAGCUACGACUGGGAACUGUAGGAGUCAGAAUUGCAGCAUACUUUGCGUGAGGGAAGGGAUACUUGUAAGACCAAAGAAUUAGUCACAGCUCGUCACUGGCUAGUAAAUAUGUGAUGCAGUAGCAGCACAUUGGCUACGUGCCCUCCCAUUCUCAGAGAGUGUGGGAAUUUUAGGGAUUCCCCCUUUGACCACUGUCUAUUUGUAGUCUCAAUCUGCUAUUUUGCAUGCAUAGCUCUAGGGUAUAUAAAAUGCUUUGGCCUCACAGGAGGGAUACAGAGCAGGAGAGACUGAAAGAAGGCAACUUGCACAGAGAAGUCCCUCUCCUAGCAGGUUUGGAAACAUCUCUCACAAAGACGCGGCUAUCCUGCUACUCUGAAAACUUCAUCCCUCUUCCAGCAGACUUUAAAGAUACUGUGACAUGAAUUAGUACAACAUUAAAUGACACAUUACAAACUUGAAAAACAAAGAGCAUUUCAAGAAGCGUUCCCACAUCACACAAAACAAGAUUUCAGCACUGUGAAGUAAAAGCAUAAAUAAAGUGUACAAAAUGCUGUGCCCAUGGCAGUUUGCAUUCAAACCUCGUGUUGUUAAGAACCAGUCCUCUGAAGAGAAGGAUAUCAAUAAUAACGUGGAGAAAGAUACAAAGUUCCAUGGCUUUGUGAAAGAUGAUGCCAAAUUACACAGCCUAAGCAAGAAGCAGAUGGAGAUGUCACCUAUAAUCACUUCAGCAGAGAAACCCCCACAAAAUGGUAUCAAAGCUUCAAACCAAAUAUCAAGAUGUCCUAGACAUGUAAAAGUAAGGAACUUGGAAAACGGAUCCAGCCUUCUUGACACAUUACACCUGACAGCAAAGGAGGUUAUCAACUGUCGGACCAAAGCUUGCCAAGGAGCACUCAUGACCCCAAAGGGCCUGGUGAGAGGCACUAGAGACGGGCCAGUUCCUCCAGCAGAGCUUCUGCCUCAGGCAAUAGACUUUGUCAAGCAGUACUACAGUUCAUUUAAAGAGUUAAAAAUAGAAGAGCACCUGGCCCGACUAGAAACAGUGACCAAACAGAUAGAAACAACAGGAACCUACCAUCUGACAAAGGAUGAACUGAUCUUUGCUGCCAAACAGGCCUGGAGGAAUGCUCCAAGGUGUAUUGGGAGAAUUCAGUGGUCCAAUCUACAGGUAUUUGAUGCACGUGAUUGUAAAACAGCCAAGGAAAUGUUUGAAUAUAUCUGUCGCCAUAUUCAGUAUGCCACAAACAAUGGAAAUAUAAGAUCAGCCAUCACCAUCUUCCCUCAGAGGACUGAUGGGAAACAUGAUUUCCGUGUGUGGAACAGCCAGCUCAUCCGAUACGCUGGAUAUCAAAUGCCAGAUGGGUCUAUCAUAGGAGACCCUGCAAGUGUGGAGUUCACAAAGUUGUGCAUUGAGCUUGGGUGGAAGCCGAAAUAUGGCCGCUUUGAUGUAGUUCCACUCAUUCUCCAAGCAAACGGCCAAGAUCCAGAAAUAUUUGAAUACCCGCCAGAGAUUAUCCUUGAAGUGCCAAUGGAGCAUCCAAAAUAUGAAUGGUUUAAGGAGUUGGAUCUGAAGUGGUAUGCUCUACCUGCUGUUGCCAACAUGCUCCUUGAGGUGGGAGGCCUGGAAUUUACUGCAUGUCCUUUCAACGGCUGGUACAUGGGAACAGAGAUUGGAGUGCGAGACUUCUGUGAUGUACAGCGGUACAAUAUCCUGAAGGAGGUUGGAAGAAGAAUGGGACUGGAAACAAACAAACUUGCAUCAUUGUGGAAGGACCGAGCUGUUGUAGAGAUAAAUGUGGCUGUGCUUCAUAGCUUCCAGAAACAAAAUGUUACUAUCAUGGAUCAUCACUCAGCUGCUGAGUCCUUCAUGAAAUACAUGCAGAAUGAGUACCGUGUGCGAGGAGGCUGCCCAGCUGACUGGGUGUGGAUUGUACCUCCUAUGUCAGGGAGCAUAACUCCUGUGUUCCACCAGGAGAUGUUGAACUAUGUCCUCACUCCCUUCUUUUACUACCAGGUGGAUGCAUGGAAAACACACAUCUGGCAUGAUGAGACCCGUAGGCCAAAGAAAAGAGAAAUAAAGUUGAGCGUUUUGGCCAAGGCUGUACUCUUUGCGUCAUUGCUCCUGCGAAAAACAAUGGCAGCCAGGUCCAAGGUGACUGUGAUCUAUGCAACAGAGACUGGGAAAUCAGAAACAUUAGCCAACAAUCUGUGCAGUUUGUUCAGCUGUGCCUUCAACACUAAGAUUCUGUGCAUGGAUGAUUACAACAUCAGUGACUUGGAAAAAGAAACACUUCUUUUAGUGGUUACCAGCACUUUUGGAAAUGGAGAUUCUCCAAAUAAUGGAAAGACAUUAAAGAACGCCUUGCUCACCAUGAAAUUGCUGAGAAAAAAAAUUAGAUAUGCUGUGUUUGGCUUGGGGUCCACCAUGUAUCCUGAGUUCUGUGCCUUUGCUCAUGCCAUUGACCAAAAACUGUCCCAGCUGGGGGCUUUGCAGCUCACUCCAGUGGGUGAAGGAGAUGAACUCAAUGGUCAAGAAGAAGCCUUUCGCACGUGGGCGGUCAUUGCAUUCAAGACUGCCUGUGACAUUUUUGAUAUCCGUGGGAAAAACAGUAUUCAGUUACCUGAGAUAUACACAUCAGAUGACAGCUGGAAUCCUAAGAAAUAUAGGAUAGUACAUGACUCUCAAACCAUGGACUUGACUAAAGCACUGGCAGACAUUCAUGCAAAGGAUAUAAUUCCCAUGAAGCUGAAAUUCAGACAGAAUCUUCAGAGUUUCAAAUCCAGUCGUGUUACCAUUCUAGUUAAGCUUUCCUGUGAGUCUAAUCAGGAAGUGCACUACCUGCCUGGAGAACAUAUUGGGAUUUUCCCAGGCAACCAGCCAGAAUUAGUCCACAGCCUCAUUGCACGUGUUAAGGAUGCCCCUCCAGCUGAUCAGACUAUCAGACUUGAAACCUGUUCUGAAGGUGGCUAUUGGGCAAAUGAGAAAAAGAUUCCAGCUUGCACACUCUCCCAGGCUUUGACAUAUUUACUUGAUAUCACUACUCCACCCUCCCAACAAUUUCUAAAAAAACUCUCCCAGCUGGUAACAGCGGAAGGAGACAAACAGAGGCUGGAAGUUUUAUGUCAUAGCACAGAAGAAUACAAUAAAUGGAAGUUUUAUAACAGCCCAAACAUCCUGGAGGUCCUGGAAGAGUUUCCUUCUGCUGAAGUCUCAACAGCUUUCUUACUGACUCAGCUGCCACUUCUGAAACCCAGAUACUACUCUGUCAGUUCCUCCUGUGACAUGACACCCAGAGAGAUUCAUCUGACGGUUGCUGUGGUAAACUACAGGACAAGAGAUGGACAAGGGCCAUUGCACCAUGGAGUCUGCAGCACGUGGCUGAACAAAAUAGCUCUCAAUGAAACAGUCCCUUGCUUUGUGCGCAGUGCUGAUGGAUUCCAGCUCCCAAAGGAGCCAGCCAAGCCGUGCAUUCUUAUUGGCCCAGGAACAGGAAUUGCUCCAUUCAGAAGUUUCUGGCAGCAGCGUCUCUAUGACUUGGAAAAGAAAGGGAUCAAAGCUGGUGACAUGAUAUUACUGUUUGGCUGCCGGCAGCCAGAUAUGGAUCAUAUCUACAAAGAAGAAGUUGAAGAAAUGAAGAGAAAAGGAGUUCUGAAAGAAGUUUUUACAGCUUACUCCAGGUUACCUGGUCAACCUAAAGUCUAUGUUCAAGAUAUUCUUCAAAAUGAGUUGGAAACCAAAGUGUGUAAUAUCUUGCAUAAAGAGGAAGGGCAUCUGUAUGUCUGUGGAGAUGUACGCAUGGCCAGAGAUGUUGCUCAGACUUUGAAGAGGAUGCUUGUAAAAAACCUGGACCACACAGAGAAGCAGGCAGAAGAGUAUUUCUUCCAGCUAAAGAGCCAAAAGCGAUACCACGAAGAUAUAUUUGGGGCUGUGUUCCCACAUGAAGUUAAAAGAACAUAAGAGAUUUGCAACCAUGGGCAUGAACCAACAGACUGUACAUGAUAUUUGCACAUUUGUUGUUGUUUUCAAAAAUCAAGGGAUCGAAUCCUCUUCUUUAUUCGUGCUAAAUGCUGCACAUCUAAUGGUAGGAUUUGACUUCUAAGCCUUAGCCUUAAAUAAGAAAAAUAUGAAAUUUAACUUUUGUUGUUCUCAGACUUCUUUUAAUAGAUUAAUGUAAUAUUGAAGAUGCCAAUUAUUUUUUAAUUCUAUCAGGGUUAGUAUAGGUCUGUCAUCUUUUGUAGAUACAAAACAUAUAAAACCUAGUCACCAGGAAAAUUCAGAGAGUUUUUUCUGCUAUUAGUGACUUUUUUUUAGCUUUUUGCUAUUGUGGGAAGUGAUUUAUUGUUGUUUGUUUGUUUGUUUGUUUUAAUUGACUAUUUAUCUGUUUGAAUUUAUUUAUAUUAUUGUUUUACUGUGCGUAUUAUCUUCAAAGUUGUGGCACUUGGAAAUGUCCAGUGAUUUGUUGUAUCUGAAGGAACUCUUGCAAAUGUGAUAAAAUACAAUGGCUUAUGAGUGGAAAUACCUGCUGCAUACAUUCAGAUGUAUACAUGUGAGGAGGUAGCAGUUUGAUUUCUGCUCUAUGUAGUUCAGGUACUCCAACCUGAAUUUUUGUUGUUACAGAGCCUAUAGUAAUGAGGUUCAGAAAAUUCAAAAGCACUUUGUACAUCUGAUUUCUAUGCUCUGACUUUACUUGAUUUGUUUGUAAUAAAAAAUACCUUUAUUAUUAAGACAAACAUAU